ACAGACUCUUACACUCAUACACACACAGCUCUCAGUCACUCAUACACUCAUACACACACUCACACACGCGGUUCAGUGCUGCACGAGCGCAGGAGGUAGCAGCAGUGUGUGAGAGGCAGUGUGUGUGAGGCAGUGUGUGAGAGGCAGUGUGUGUGAGGCAGUGUGUGAGAGGCAGUGUGUGUGAGGCAGUGUGUGAGGGUGUCUUGUGGAGGAGUGUAUCGGGGUUUUUAUCUCUAUCGGGCUGAAACAGUGUUAUUUUUCUGCGCGUGGAACCUCAGAGCGCGCUCGAGCCCGGGCUGAGUUGUGCGCGCGGGGCUGCAGGCAUGGCUGUGUGGAUGCAGAUAUAUUAAUUUAUCAGAAUUUGAGCUGAAAAACUCUCUGUUUCCUCAUUUUAUACUGAAUAAAGUCUGAGGAUGGGCUUCUCUACACUACUGCUGCUGCUACUACUGACACCCGGCUGGACGGAGAGUUUGUCUCUCUAUGCAUCGAACGGUCGUUCUCCUCGGCUGGCCCUGGAGAAGAGUCUCAGCUGGCCCUCCAAAGACAUGCAGUGCCAACAUAUGCUGAAGCAUCUUCACAAUGGUGCACGCAUCACUGUCCAGAUGCCCCCCAACAUAGAGGGUCAUUGGGUUUCUACCAGCUGUGAGGUACGUCCCGGCCCGGAGUUCAUCACACGCUCCUACCGCUUCCACCACAACCACACCUUCCAGGCUCACCAGUUCUACUACACCGACAACCACUGCACGUCUCCCGCCUACACGCUGGUGAUCCACGGCCGCGUGCGCCUGCGUCAGGCGUCCUGGAUCAUCCGCGGCGGAACGGAGGCCGACUACCAGAUCUACCGCAUCCAGGCCGUGUUCCACUCCCUGACCACGGCUAAGGAGCUGAGCCAGAGGCUGGAGAGGAGCUGCGGAGGCUCCAAAGAGCCCGGCCCCUGGGAGCCCAACGUCCUGUACGAGCUGUGCAGCGAGGAGGGCGGCUGCGACUGCUCACGGGGGCUCAACUUCGCCAUGCAUGAGCUGCAGCUGCUCAGAGUGGAGAAGCAGUACCUCCAUCACAACCUGGACCAUCUGAUAGAGGAGCUGUUCCUGGGGGAUAUCCACACAGAGCCGGCACAGCGGCUGUACUACAGACCCUCCAGCUAUCAGCCGGCACUGCAGAACGCUAAGAGUCAUGAUCAGAGUUGUAUAGCAUGCAGAAUCAUCUCUCGCUCAGACGAGUUCCACCCGCCCAUCCUUCCCCCCCGGGCGGACCUCACGGUAGGGCUGCACGGUCAGUGGGUGUCUCAGCGCUGCGAGGUGCGGCCGGAGGUGCUCUUCCUCACCCGCCACUUCAUCUUCCACGAUAACAACAACACCUGGGAGGGACACUACUACCACUACUCUGACCCCGUCUGUAAACAUCCCACCUUCACCAUCUACGCCAAGGGCCGCUACAGCCGCGGGGUGCACUCCACACGCGUGAUGGGCGGGACCGAGUUUGUGUUUAAGGUGAACCACAUGCAUGUGAUGCCAAUGGACCUGGCCACCACGUCCCUACUGAACGUCUUCAAUACGAACGAAUGCGGUGCUCAAGGCUCGUGGCAGGUCGGAGUGGAGCAGGACGUCACGCUGACCAACGGCUGCGUGGCUCUGGGGAUCCGCCUCCCUCAUACAGAGUACGAGCUGUUCCGCAUGGAGCAGGACGUCCAUGGACGCUACCUGCUCUUCAACGGCCAGAGGCCCAGCGACGGCUCCAGCCCCGACCGGCCGGAGAAGCGAGCCACCUCCUACCAGAUGCCGCUGGUCCAGUGCUCUGCCAGCAGCCACAGGCCAGAGAUCAACCUGGGCCACCACCCGGACCGGCCGCGGAAACUGAACAACGGCUGCAGGGGGCAAGCUGUAGCUCCUCUUGUGGUAUUACAUGUGCUGGUGGUGGCACUGGGUUUAUACGGCUGACUCUAGGGAAAAACUUUUCUUUUUUUUUUUUUUUUCAACGAAAGCUAACGAAACUGAUGCUACGGUCUUUUCCGUACAGCUCCAUAAUUGUAUAUACUGACGCAAAUAUGACCAGAGAAGCUCCGGGAAGCUUUCCGGCGGACUGAGAGGAAGUUGUUUACUUGACGCACUUGGGCAUUCAGCUCCUUCAUUUUCCUGGGCUCCGGCCUACAGACGCUUGGUGAAACGGAGAUGGAGAAAGCAGCAGAAAGACAAAGUUUACUUUCUUUAGUUCUUCCUCUACUCUGAUCUGCGAUCCAGACUCCAGGGAACUCAAACUGCUGCACCACAUUAACGGCACUUUAGUAAAACAUGGAACUGAAAACUCACGCUUUUUCCAAGUUCUAAGCCAGUCUCAACUCAAACAAGAGUGUUUCUGCUUAUUUUCUCACAGGUCUUUCCCCUUUCCUGUAUAAAGGCUCUUUCACACCAAGUAAAAUUUUUGGACAGAAAAAAACGGAUGCAGAUUUUAACUUAGCGGAACCUUCACACCAAGUCAGAGGCAUUUUUGGCAUUUUUUCCUCUUUAAAAUAGGACUACAACCUCAUUUUUUAUGUCCAUUCUUUCUUUUUCUCUGCUCACUGUCUACUUCUACUCCCGUCAGUUUCCCACCUCCAUCCGAUUUGUACUGAUUAGCAAGGAUACCUAUAGUUUUUAUUUGUAUUAAAUACAGUAAUUGCCACAAUUCAUCAGUUUUGGAUUUGGUGUGAAAGACACUACACAUUAAGAUAAAUGUAAUAAUUAUUUGGUGUGAAAGGGCCUUAAGAUGAAGAUUAUAUAUAUAUGUUGUACACAUACACACUAGCUAACAAAAAGAGGUAUUUUUCUACAGUGUGUAUAAAGUGAGGGAGUGUGUGAGUGCAUUUGAGAUGACAAAAUGAAUUAUUUCAGAGCUCAAGAAUAGAAGGAAAUUUCUAUAUCAUACUUCAGUUUAUUACCAUGGACAGAUGCUCUGAAGUGAAAUAAAGGACAGAACUUUCUUUUGUAAUUAUUUGGAUACAAAUGUCUGAGGAAAAAGGGACCUUUAUAAACCUGUAUGACACAAUGUUCAUUAAAGAGCUCCCUUUAUGGAAAAUGGAUAUAAA